CUGUGUCCCUCGGACACAGCGCAUCAGCGGUCAAUGGAAAGAGCCAAAGAUGUCGGCUCGAUCAUGUGGUCAGCUGUGUCCAAUCACUGAUCAUCAGGGCACUGAUGAUCAGUGUGCCCUGAUGAUCUGUGUAGCCCCAGCAGUGCCACCUGUCAGUGUCCAUCAGUGCCAGUUCUCAGUGCUCAUCCAUGCCACCUGCCAGUGCCCAUCAGUUCCACAUCAAUGCCACAUAUCAGUGCCCAUCUGAGCUGCCUUUCAGUGUCACCCAUCAGAGCCGGUCAGUGCCACCUAUCAGUGCUGCCAAUCAGUGGUGCCUAACAGUGUGCAUCAGUGGCGCCUAA